UUCUAGGCUCUUGUAGAGCCUAAACACUAAUGCAAAUCAUAAGCCACUCAUGAUAUAAUCACUGCCUCUUCUCUCUCUAUCUAUCUAUACAAGAAUCCUUGCAUGACUUGAUCUGUGAAUCCCCCAUUUACCUUCUUAAGCUCUAACUCAAUGCAAACUACAUCAACUUUGCCCAAUCUCUCGCUUCAGAUCAGCCCACCAUCUAUCUCCUGUGAUGAAACUGUAGAUGUGGGCUUUCAAGCACCUACAACGAGGAGUUUCGUCAGUGACAGGAGCUCAGUAUCGGAAUCCGGUAGUAGUGGAAGCGACAUGAGCCAUGACAAUUGGUCAUUGCACCCAGAAAGGAGCUACGAUCCAUGCGGUGGUGAACCCACUUUGAGCCUUGGGUUCGAGAUGCCAGCAUUCGACAGGCCCCACAAACUCCAUUGCCACCUUCCACGCCUCCACCAACCUCAGACCCACAGCUUCAAGUUCAAGAGGAGUUCAAGAAUGGUUGGUGUAAGCAAGAGAUGCAUUAGAGCUCCUAGAAUGAGAUGGACUUCCACUCUCCAUGCACAUUUUGUUCAUGCAGUCGAGCUCCUUGGAGGCCAUGAGAGAGCAACACCCAAAUCAGUUAUGGAGCUAAUGAAUGUGAAAGAUCUCACACUAGCUCAUGUGAAGAGCCACUUGCAGAUGUAUAGAACAGUGAAGAGCACUGACAAAGGAGCAGGACAAGGGCAGACAGAUAUGGGUUUGAAUACAAGGACAGGGAUUGCACCAAUGGAAGGUGGAUUGCCUUGUGAGAAUGUUGAAAAUAACCAUUUAUCUUCUCCCAAUCCACCACCAUUACCACUAUCCAAUUCUCCUAGAGGACCAUGGCCAUCGACGGACGGGAAUGGCGCUUGUAUCACAAUCACAGAAAAUGCCUCGACACAGCCCCGUUUCAAAUUUGAUGAUUUUAUAAAUGAAGAGAACAAGGUGGACCACGGAUACAGGGAUGCCGUCCACGUGUCACAUAUGGCUCCUAAAUUGCCCAAUCUAGAGUUCACUCUGGGAAGAGAAAGUUGGCUAAUGGAUUGUGUUGACUCUUCAAAUGAACUAACCCUACUUAAGUGUUAAAUACUUUGUGUUCUCUAGCCAAGGAAAAAUGCUGUUUGGUUUCAGAUUUCUAUAUAUGAAUGAUAUUACA